AUGAACCAACAACAGCAACAGCUUACCUCGCCUAUGUUGCGGAUUCCCCCUACCAAUACCAAUCUGACGCUGGCGUCCCUUAAUGCUCGACAGUCUCCUGCAUCAGAUGAUAUACUCGAUAUUAAUAUUGACAACACGCCUUUGCUAUACCCUCGGACCUGGGAUGUGGACUGUGCUUUGGAUCUAACGGGAGCGACGACUCAUCCUAUGGCGGGGACGGCAGCCGCCCACCCCCAACCCCUCCAUCAAUACGACUUUCAAUCUAACUCCGUCUUCAAUCCAGGAAACUCGCCAACACACAACUCUUUUCCCAUUCACCAUCAAGCUGGCCCUUCGAACUUGACAUCAACUGGACUUGCAGGCUUAGGCAUUCAACUACAGUGUCCCGGCCACCAUCAGGACCCUCACCACCACAAAUCCUCUUUCUCGCCCAAGACUUACUUACCUGACCCAGGUGACCAAUACAUCUCCUUCUCUCCUCGCAUCGAAUCGACUUAUUCAUCCUUCGGUGGCGGGGCCGUGCCACCACUUGGCGUCGAUGACCUCGCCCAUGGCGGGGAGGAUAUGUCUACGAUUUGGCCACUCCUUGAUCCGAGUACCUCUGGUUCUGUCGACCUCGACCUUGGUCCCUUGGGCUUGGAUACAAUGUCAACGACGGUGCCUAUCGUCCCCCCUCCCGCCUCGAGCAUGGCAAGCGGGAGUGGAAGCACAGGCGGCGGAUCGAGCGAUGAAGACCUUUCCAUCGAGAGCCUCUCUGCAGCAGCGGGGCUUUCUGUCGAGGAAUUUACAGCAAAAAUCACCGAAGGUGCUCAGUACGCUUUGAAACACCUUGCAGAGAUGGAGAGCGGCCUGAGCGAUGGGACAGGUUCAACGUCCCUUGACCCCUUGGCGAUGUCGAUGUCGAUGUCCGCCCAGGACCUGUACUUUGACAACACCAUCCCCUCCUUGGAUGCGUUGGCACCUUUCCCAGAUUUCGGUGGCCUUCCUGAACCCGAGAUGUGGUCGUUGCAACAAACUUGCCUUGGCAUAAACCCCGCUGAUGUCAUGCCUGGUCCGGUUCUCUCUUCGACCGUUUCUAGUCUCGACGAUAUGUUUUCAGGAUCUCUGGAUUAUACAGCCAAUCGUUUGGACGAACAACAGGCGACCGCACCUAUCUCUGAGUUCUCUAUGCAUGCCAACGCCUUUAAUCCCGACGGUACAAUUUCGAUGCCGUUGAGCGCCUUGGCUGCUCCCACUCGUUCAUCCCGCUAUGAGCCCAACAACGCCCAUCCUCACCGACACCAACACUAUCGAGCUCAAAAACAAGUCGGCCUUGGUUUUGGUCAAGCUUCGACGAAACCUGACGAUGGAGACCAGUUGAGUGACUACGAGCCUCCCGCCUUCCUUUCGCCUUCCAGCUCGGAAUAUUCCCCUUCCUUUGGGACCACGAGGCAGUUCCAAACGAGGACUACCAGGACAAAUAAGCGCAAGGUUGCGCAGAACGAAGUGGUGGAACCUAAGCCUCCUGUUGCUACGUCUUCCAAGGACACCUCUGACCACCUUCCCCCUAUCGACCUUGGUUCACCUGUAUUCGAUGCACACCGAGGGAUCGAGUUGGAGGAUCUCAAGGCGAGAGCUGAACGUUACCGCCUGCGGAACCAGGGACGCGAGUAUGAUAAACGAUGGCUUUUGUCCUUCGCUGGGAAACUCUCGAACAAGGGCGAGCUCAUCGAGGAGUUCAGGUGUUAUGUGGUCGGGUGUCAACAGGUAAACAAGCGACGAGACCACAUUCUUAUCCAUGUCGGUGCCCAUCUCGAUCAGCGACCUUUCAAGUGUAUCCAUUGCUCUGCCAGAUUCCUACGAAAGAACGAAUGCAAACGACAUGAACUGAGCCAUACCGGUGUACGACCUUUUACAUGUAACAUUUGCCCCUACCCCGGGACGACAUUUGUACGCCAAGACCUCCUUCGACGACACAUGAAACGAACCCACCAAGUGGACGAGGAGAAGGAGAACAACAAACCAUCGACGUCUACCAUGAGCUUCAGGCCUCGGAAGAAGGUCAAGAGCUUCUAG